AUGAGUGCUUCAAGAUUCAUCAAGUGUGUGACGGUGGGUGAUGGCGCCGUCGGCAAGACGUGCCUUUUGAUUUCCUACACCAGCAACACCUUCCCCACGGACUACGUGCCCACUGUAUUUGAUAACUUCAGUGCAAAUGUGGUCGUUAAUGGGGCCACUGUUAACUUAGGCCUGUGGGAUACUGCUGGGCAGGAGGACUAUAACAGAUUAAGGCCUUUGAGUUACCGUGGAGCCGAUGUUUUCAUUUUGGCAUUUUCGCUCAUCAGCAAGGCUAGCUAUGAAAAUGUCUCCAAGAAGUGGAUUCCAGAAUUGAAGCAUUAUGCACCUGGUGUCCCUAUAGUUCUAGUUGGCACAAAACUUGAUCUUCGGGAUGACAAGCAGUUCUUCAUUGACCAUCCAGGAGCUGUACCUAUAACUGCAGCACAGGGGGAGGAGCUGAGGAAAUUGAUCGAUUCUCCAUCUUACAUUGAAUGUAGUUCAAAAUCACAGGAGAACGUCAAAUCAGUUUUUGAUGCAGCCAUUAAAGUUGUUCUCCAGCCACCCAAGCAAAAGAAGAAGAAAGGCAAGGCUCAAAAGGCCUGCUCCAUACUGUGA